AUGUUUUAUGAGCACUUAAUGCGGGAAUGGAAACUAUCCUCAGAAGACAACUUCGGAUUUUAUAACGAAAUAAAUGUUACUGAUCCUCCUGAAUGGGAGAGUGAAGAAAUCAGAAGAUUAUCUGCUUUCAAGAAUCUACCACAGUUUGAACCAAAAAUAAAUGAAAGUCUAAAGCAAACAUUUAGAUACGGCAUUCCACACACUUUGCGAAGAAAGUGGUGGUUUAUAGCGAGUAAAGGACUUAAAUUGCUUUCUCAAGCCGGUGAUGUUUGGCCAAAUGCCUUACGUUCAUCAUUAAAAGUACCAAUGACUAGUACAUCCCAGUUCGGUGGAGCAAUUGACUUGCUUCCUUUCCUUCAUCCCGAAUUAGCUGAAAAAGUCAAGCAAUUUCUCCAUGUUGUUUGGGUUCGGAACAAACACAUCACAUUUUCUCCUUUAAUUCCUACUGUUUCUGUUCUCUUACUCCUCUAUCUCGAACCUUCUCUCGCUUAUCUCUCAAUUCAACAGAUGAUUAACAAAUCUACGAAAAAUUCUUGGUACUUUACAUUGACUAGAGAGUCAUUCAUAGCAUCUGUUACGGGAUUUCGUGCUUUAAUUGCUUCAAAAAUCCCAGCAAUAUCGAAAAAAACAUUUGAGCUUGGACUAGAUAUUGCCCAGAUUGGUCUAGCCUUAUUCCCUGUCUUUUUUCUUCCAUUUACACCUAUCCACGUUGCUCUAACUCUCUUCGACAGUUUCGUUUCGGAAGGAAGAAAAAUUUUAGUCAGAUUUGCGAUUUCUCUUUUCGAUAUACAGAAAACCGAAUUACUACAAUGCAAGACGAGCGAAGAUUUCCUAUCUACACUUGUUGAUGGCAUGAAUAUGCUUUCAUCCCCGCAUUCAACGACGAAAUUCCUUGAGAACUCAUUCAAAAUAUUCCUCUCCAGGCCACGCCAUAUCGAUAAGUUCGAGCUAAAAGCGAUGGACGAUUGUACAGAUAAAGGAUCGAAUCUUUAUACGUCACAGAACGUCAUUGGCAUGAUGUCUCCUAGUAUGACCAACUUAUUUGCAGAAAGGAGAAGAAGAAUGUCAAGCGACGAUUGCGAAAACCUCGAUGUUAUCAAUAUUGGCGAUACAAUGAGAGGCGCGAUAGCUUUGGAGACAAUGAUGAAGUUCUCUCCUGAAGGUAUUGAAGAAUCCACACGCAAACUACAGAAAGAACUCGCGGAAUCAGCGAUGCCAGUUGUAAUCAACGGAAAACUACUGACGAACGACAACUUUUACAUGCUCAGAGAGCAACUACCAGCAUCGGUAUCGAGAUACGAUGCACGUAGGGUCUUUUCGAUGAGUAAUGACGGAACAUCUUUGUUAUCUUUGUUCGAAAAGUCAUCGAAGAAGGCUCCUUACAUCAUAUUGGUAAAGACAGCGAAGAACCGCGUUAUUGGGGCUUAUUUGGGUGAACCAAUUAACCCAGAAAUGUGCGCAUUCGGAAGAUUCUACGGAAAACCAGGAAGUUUUGUCUUUACUUUGGAUCCUCUUGUUAUUUACAAACAGGAUCCACCACCAAACAACUUGUUCCAGGCUGCUUUCAAGCACUCCAUAACAAUUGGAGGUCCUAGACCUGCAAUUCACAUCGAGGAUGGUUUUCACAUAAUUUUCAGCGAAAAAUGUGAAACUUUCCACAGCCCUGCACUCACAGAGAACCCAAGUGGAGAUCCAAUCAUCGAUGUCGAGCUUUAUAGACUUUCUUUGUAA